UGGUGUGGUUUGGAUUAGACAUUAGAGUAAAGAAGAGGGGCAUUAAUGGAAAUUGGAAAGAGCAGAUGGUGAAGUAAAGUUGCUUACCUUUGUGAGGUGGGAUCAGAUCGGAGGGAGGAAGUUAGUAAAGUAAGAAUGUCAGCGAUGCAGGCGAUGAAGCAAAUAAGAAGGAGCGUGACGUAUAUGCCUCGACCGGGGGACGGGGCGCCGCGGGGGGUGACGCUGAUACCAGGGGACGGAAUUGGGCCUCUGGUGACGAACGCGGUGGAGCAGGUGAUGGAGGCGAUGCACGCGCCGCUUUACUUCGAGAAGUACGAGGUACACGGGGACAUGAGGCGUGUUCCGGAGGAGGUGCUGGAAUCGAUUAGGAAGAACAAGGUGUGCCUCAAGGGUGGGCUCAGGACUCCGGUGGGUGGUGGAGUCAGCUCCCUCAACGUCCAGCUCAGAAAGGACCUCGAUCUCUACGCUUCCCUCGUCAACUGCUUCAACUUGCCUGGCUUGCCCACGCGCCACCACAACGUCGACAUCGUCGUCAUCCGGGAGAACACCGAGGGCGAGUACGCUGGCCUCGAGCACGAGGUCGUUCCUGGCGUUGUCGAGAGCCUCAAGGUUAUGUCCAAGUUCUGCUCCCAACGUAUUGCAAAAUAUGCCUUCGAGUAUGCAUACCUGAAUAACAGGAAGAAAGUCACCGCCGUCCAUAAAGCCAACAUCAUGAAACUCGCAGAUGGUCUCUUUCUAGAAUCUUGCCGACAGGUUGCAACCAAAUAUCCUGGUAUCAAGUACAACGAGAUUAUUGUCGAUAAUUGCUGCAUGCAACUUGUCUCCAAACCCGAGCAGUUCGAUGUUAUGGUCACUCCUAAUCUUUAUGGAAAUCUAGUGGCUAAUACGGCAGCUGGUAUUGCCGGAGGCACUGGUGUCAUGCCAGGAGGGAACGUUGGGGCUGACCACGCGGUGUUUGAGCAAGGUGCAUCGGCAGGGAAUGUGGGAAAUGAGAAUAUGGUGGAGCAGAAAAAGGCUAAUCCAGUGGCUCUGCUACUCUCAUCGGCCAUGAUGUUGAGGCAUCUUCAGUUUCCUUCAUUUGCUGACCGUCUUGAGACUGCUGUGAAGCGUGUCAUUUCAGGGGGGAAGUACAGGACUAAAGAUCUUGGUGGAGACAGCAAUACACAGGAAAUUGUUGAUGCUGUCAUUGCCAACCUCGGCUAGUAAAUUCUUCUUCAAUCUUUCCUGCCAUUUCACUCACACUUUUUGCAAUAAAACUUUGUAAAUUUCUUUUCCUAUUUCUCACCAUUCGCCCCCCUAUAUUAUCGGAACAACAAUUCGCCUUAAUUUUUGCUCGCCUUUCUCAUGUAAUAAUGUUUCUUCAGACAGACAUGCAUUCUGUGACACUUGUAACUUUCAUUUGCCUGCCCCUAGCUUCUUGCAUUCGGGAGGCUAGGUUCGGGCUUAAACAAUUUUAAUUAACUUUCGUUUGAUUGCGAUGCGA